ACAUGGCUGAAGUCUUUUAUGGUUUUAGCUGUGUGACAUCUUAACACAUGAAUACUACAUUGUUGCCAGCUCGGAACUCAAAACUAUCCAGAAGAGAUACCUGCAUCUGUCCAACGUUUUAAUUUUGAGGUGUAGCGCGACUCGCCCAAAGUUUCAACACGCAAUUGAUGCGGACUGGACUACUCCAUUAAGCUAUUAAGCUCCAACAAUAUAUUCCAGGAAUUCUUAAACGUGCAUUUUUAUUUUUACAGCAAACAUCUUCAAAUAAAGAAAGAAAGAAGUCUGAAAUUAUAUAUGUUUUCUUUUUAUUGGAAGGGAUGGAUUAAGAUGUCUCACAAGUAACAGAAGAGAACUGAGGGAACCACUAAUAAAAAACAUAACUCUAUCGAGUUAUCUUUAUUACCAGCGCUUUGCGAUGCUGAAAGUCAGCCAAUAUCCUGAGUCCCAGGGGCAGGAGAGCGGAGCAAAAGGAUCGUGUGAAUUAGGCAGCAGUGCUGCGGACGGAUGCCUGCCUACCAGCGCCGAGAGCGAUAGACUCAACGCAACAGCAGCCAUCGAAAAUCAAAGCUCAAUUGUCAAGAACUGCGCGAUGUCUACGACUCAGCUGCGAGGUGAAGACAAGGCAUGCGAGACGCGAGGGAUGCGACAGAGGGUGGCACGCGGCAUGAGCCUUGAAGAUACCUCUUUAUCGAGAAGUUCAUUUUCACCCAGAAAUUCCGGAGAGCGUAAAGAAGGCUUAGCGGGCUGUCUGGUACCAACGUCCACUGCCGCGAAAGAGACGGACGGAACAGAAUCGCCUGCGGAGUGGAAAGUAUACAAAGUGAAGCCUGUGGUCAUUGCCAGCGCAACUAGGAGCAGAAAACCAAACCUUGCACGGAGUGCCAGCCUUUCAGAAAAAGAAUUGAGAGAAGCCAAGGAUAGGAGUCAGAUAAUAGCUGCCCAAUUAACAACACCACCCAACAACAAUUCAAGGGGUGUGCAGCUGUUUAACAGACGUAAAAAGAGAGUAGAUGCCUUCACCUUGGUCAGCUUUGGGAAAGGAGGAGAGCAAGACAUUCAGAGGAAUGUGGACAAGGAUCCUCAACACAAGCACACUGACAUAGGGGAAAGUAAAUUCUUUAAGGAGCUAAGCAGCAGCUACAAACCAAAGGUACUCAGUCAUCCUAUGCAAAACUGGUCAGCAUAUUCAGGAAGUGGUCAAUUUACAGCAAAGACUAUGGAAGAGCCUAGUGACAGAGUCUGUAAAGAGAACUGUGUGCACAAUGCUUCAGAAAUGCAUGAGGGCCAAGCUGGAGAGGAUGUAAUGAAUGACUUGACUCCCAAGCUUUGCACGUUGGUAUUGGAUCAGGAAUUUCAUGCAGAACCUGUGCAUGACCCUGGAAGCAAUGAGGGACUAGAGAAGCCUGCUCUUGAAGCUGAAGAGUGUAGGACAAGCUUUGAUGCACCACACGUGACUGAGAGAGCUGAGAAUGGAAUUCUAAAGUCUGAGUGCAAUGAAGGCAUAGCCAUAUUUCAGUGUAAGCAGCAAUUGGGAAUUGCCAAUCGAACAGCAAAGCCCUUUGGUACCUUUUCUUUGGCUGGGACCUAUGAAAAUCAAAGGCCUAUUGAGAGUAUUGCUCCUCCUCCUUUGACUUUUGCUCCUUCUCCUCAACCGGCACCAACUUUCAUAACAUCUCCCCCACCCCAAUCCAUUUCAGUAACAGAAACAGCACUGAAAUUUCCUUCAGCAUCACUCGUGGGAAAGGAUGAUCCUAAUAACUUCAGGCCUCAGUUUAAUAGUGUACCAAUAAAACAACAAAUAACAGUGAAGAGUGGCAUUCUUGAGGAAGGACUGACACGUAGGGCAGCCAGAAAGUCCAUGUUUACUUUUCAAGAAAAGCCAAAGGUGGCUCCCAACCCAGAACUCCUAUCCCUGGUGCAAGGAGUUGAUGACAAGAAGAAGCAAAGACGCACAGUAGACCAGGGACACGAUGAAGAAAACCUAGUCCUAGGUGCAGAAGCUUCCAACUUCUUAAAGGCAGAAGAUUCUGAUGAAGUUAAAGUGCCAGAUUGGUCUUCCUGUUUAAAGAGCUCUGGAGGGAGAGUCUUACCUCAACCCAAACCAGCUCAAGGGCUCACAAAUGUGGGAGGAAAAGGGGCAGAGCUGUUUGCUAAGCGGCAAUCCAGAAUGGAAAAAUACACAAUAGAAAAGCCACCUGAGGCCUCUCAAAGGUGCUCAUCACCUACUGCUUCCUUGCCUUCAUCCUGGAAGUACCCUUCUAAUAUGCAGGGGCGGGUGAAAGCCAUGGCAUAUUCUGCCAGUGCUGCUUUUAACUUUCCCAGGCCUACCAAUAACCCAACAGCCACUUCAUCAGUCAGUGAAGACCAUACUACUGUGGAAAAUGGCUGCUCUAAAAGAGAGAUGGAAAUAGCAAAGCACCAACCCUAUAAGCUUAAUUCUUCUCUCUUUAUUCUUUCUCCCACAAAAGACCCUGUUAGGUCUCUUCCUAAAGCUGCACCACCACCCAAACCAAUUUUCCAUGACAAAGCUUACACUAGACAAAGCUCUUUGCCAGUUUCACCAUCUGUUCCCUUGUCUCCACAGUUUAACAGUCCUUCCCCUUUUAAGUCCAACACAUAUCUUUCAAAGCCAGCACCAUCAUGCCCUGUUAAUGGUCAAGCCAUGAGAAUGACACCAGAGCAUAGAACAUCUUAUGAGAUAACAGAGUCACUGGUUUCUCCAGUUCAGGCCUUCUCUUCUGAAAGAGUUUCUUCACCACGUUCCUCCAUCCAAGCUCCAAGGCCAACUUUCUCUGCCAAGAAGGCAGGGAUUGAACCACAGCCUGUCUAUAAUGCCUGGAUGCCACUUCAGUCGAGACGCUUCAGCCACCCAGACAAUAGCACCAAUGUCACCAAGAUGUCCCCUGGAGGUGAAGUUUCAGUUGCCAGUCCACAGUCUCCUUACUCCUCAACAUGCUCCUCUCCUCUGCUUUCACCAUGCGAUGAGCAAAACCAGUCUCCUUUGGGGUCUGACGCUAAGACAAAUAGACGUCUGUUGGCUAAAAAUAUUAUUAAUGCUGCCAGGAGAAAGUAUACAUCCCCACUAGGCCUAGGACAAGGAAAUUCCAUCUCUCCUAUAAGUGGUGCUAUUCAGUCACCAGUUCACCAUCCUACCAGCCCUUUGUCCUUCCACAGCAGUCCUGUGUUGCGCAGUCCACCAGAAACACCCAGCAGAUUACUGAGGUCACCAGUGCGAUUGUACACUGCAAGGUCGCUGACAGAUUCAGAUGCAUCUGUGGACUCUGAAGACUCUGGUAUGAGAUCUCCAGCCUCUGGCAUGAAAUCCUGUAUUCGAAGUUACAACACAUGCCCUAGAGGCUGGAAUGGCAGCCUCAGAAUAAAACAGGAUAAUAUCUCAGCAGAACUGUAGACUGUGCUACAGCUCUUCCUAAAACAUUUUCCUUAUCUUUUUCUUUGGGAAGUUUGCAAGCAUUUUGAAUGCCUAGUUUAAUCCAAAUACAAUCAAUUGUGGGACACAAUCAAUGGAAUUACAUUCCUAACAUGAAAUUGAUUUUUCAUGGCACCCAAGAAGAAAGUAUUUCAGCGGACCAAAAAAGAAGAAGGUUGUUUCAAAAGAUGUUGCGUAUUUUGCUGUGAAAUUAACAAAGAAAUAUCUUCAUGUACGCUAUGAGCUGAGAAAUGUCUCAUUUUUACCAAAGCUUACUCCAACAAAAAACCAUUCUGGAAAUGGUUUGCUUCUUGCUGUGUUGACGUGCAACACUGAUAUUUACAUUGUAGAUGAUACUUUGAUUCUUUGUUGUUGUGUAGAAAGAUUUCACAAUACUCUGCACAAUUAAUAUUAUUCAGUGAUUCUGAACUUGUCUUUAGAUUGCAAGUGAUGGAACAAUUAGAAAUAACAACGUUCUGGAAGUUUGCUUUUAUUCACAAACAUAUUAAAGGACAGGUUUUACCUGAAAAGGACUUUAGAAAAGCACUUGUAUCAGAAAUGCUCUUGAAUAUUCCCGUGUAGCUUUUCACUAAACACUGCUAAGGUUUAUAUGUAAACCCUUUAUUAUAACAUUCCACUGUAUACAAAAGCAAUACGUGGAAGCUGUUGGUCUACAGCUCUGCCAGGUCUCUUUUGACUAGUUUAGCUUUUUGAAUGGUCACAUGUGCUGGGAACACUUCAGUUUAGCGUUCACUUAUUUUCAGUAAUUAACAGUCUAUAAAGCAUUGUAUUAAGUAUGCCAGAAAUGACUUAUGUUAGAGGGCAUCACGCUAUUUUUGGGAAUCAGUGGAUGCAUUGCAAAAAGCAGCCCCAGUCUCCCUAACCCAUGUUGGACUGGUAUCUCAAAAACGAUACACUCCACACUCACCCACAUCAGGACAAUUCAUGGUCACAAAUUAUACUGCUUUUGACAGUAAUUGUAAGGUUUGACUGUGCUGUUGAAUACUUAAAUAUAAAAUUUUGUAUUAGAAAUAGAGAUUGGGACUUAAAUAUAUACUAUAACUUACUUGAACGUCUAUAUACUAUGUAUUACUGACAUAAAUUCUAACUUUUUAAUCCAGAAUAGUGUCAUUAGUCUCAUCAUGUCCACCUUUGGUCCAUAUUGCUCACCCAGUUUAUUUUAUCCCAUGCCAGUCAACAGCAUACAGUGGAUGGCUAUGGCGACAUUUAAAUCCAAAGCAUUCAGGAAUCAUAAUUAUACCUUAUACUGCAUAACUGAAAAUUACAUAAUGCUUUAUCUCCACCAGCUUUCUAAUACACAAAAUAUGCACCAUUUAUAAUAUAGUUAAGAAAUGUCUACAGUAAGAUAAUGGCUAAUAACUAAUUACAUUCACAUUCAUAUUUUACAAGGGAAAAUGGCCACCAUAAACUAGUGAUAUGUUGUAGCUUAUCCUACUGUUUAUCCCAUUCAUUUACUGCACUGAACUUAGCAAAACAUUCUUAUGUCAAAAUGCAAUUUAUAAAUAGUACAACAUUUGACAAAUGAUGAGAUUCAUUUUAGUUAUCACUGUCAUUAAGGUGAUUAGUACCAUGUUUAUAGGCUGUUAAAAACCGAUUAUGAUGGAACACUAAGCUCAAGAUUUAGCCAUGUACCUAAGCACAGUGCAAUAACCUAUAUUCAUAUUUUUGUAUGUAUUGUGCAUGUGAGUUUAUUUUGACUCGAUGCCUAAAACUUGCUGGAAGUAGGUGAUAAAAGGUUAUUUUUCUGGCAUCUUGUUCACUCCACUAUUUACUUUUAGUAUAUAUAAUAUGGUGUACAUGGAAAAAAAGAAUUAUGUCCUUUGUGAGGAUUUGAGGUGGGUUGUCUGGACACUUGCUUCUCAUGUUUGAUGUAAGAAGAUUUUUGUUGGAACAUUUGAAUCUCCAAAAUAUUACGGAGACAAAUUGUCGUUUUAUCAGGUGCAAGACCAAGAUGUCAUUGUCUUCUUUAAUUUACACUCUUAAGUAUUAGCGUUAGGUCUGGAAGGAAACACAACUCAACAGUCAUCUGCAACCAGCCUUCUUCAAUACUGAAUAGUACUAGGGUGUUGUACCGUGUUAGCCAUUAUGGAUGAAAUGAGAAAUCAAGCAAAAUGACACCUUUUAUUGGCUAACUCAAAAGAUUACAAUAUGCAGUCUUUUGAGGUAACUUACAUCUUGCCUGAAGAAGGGGCCUGAGAUGCCUCGAAAGUUUGCAUAUUGUAAUCUUUUUAGUUAGCCAAUAAAAGGUGUCAUUUUGCUUGAUUUCUCUUUUAAUACUCCGUAUAGAGGCAGAAUUUUAAAUUAUAGCAAAUAAUGUGAAAGAAAAUAAAAUAAUAAAUGUGGCAACAUACUGUGUAACCUUACAAGGAGAAAGUUGUUCAGGCCAUAUCAAUAUCAUAUAUGAUACUAUUACUUUCAAAUAGUUACUCUUUAAUAUCUACUGCACACAUCAAGUUACAAAGCAAGCUUUUCACAUAUAUGCGUAAAUCAAGGAUUUUUGCAUUUUAAUUGUAUAUUUACUUUUACUAGGCACAGUGAAGCUUUUCAUUUUUAACCACAUCAGGUAUCAUGUAACAUAACAUAACAGAGCAUAAUGAAAUUCUCGGACUUGCUUAAUCCACACCAUGGGGCAUGUCUUACUAGGAACAUGCAGUAAGGAACCUAAACCCGUGCUUUACUUGGCAGAAGCAGGUACAAGAGUGGAACCAAAGGCGGAUGGGAAAUUAGUUAGGUAGCAAAUGUCAACUCCAGUUCAUAUCUUUGUACUGAGGAGAGGAAGACCAUAAGAACAUGGUGGGAACAUACUAACUUGUCAAGCCAGGACUAAUGAUGUUCUAGUGUUUAGAUGAAACAAACCAGAGGAGUUUCAUUAUGAAGGAAAAACAAAUAAUGAAAGUCAUUAGUAUGAUUAAUAUAACAUUGAGGAAACUGCAUCCCAAAAUAACACUUUCCACUGUUAAUUGUUUUAAUUUAUUACAAGGGCCGUAUUUUAUGAGGUUUGUCCUUUUCUAUUCAAUUUGAAUGAUCAUAUUUAGUUUGAGGAGGGUUUUUAUUGAUAAUGGGAAGCUUUUAAAUAAUCUCUUGAUGUCUGGAUUUUUUAGUUUCAGUUCUCUUUCUGAGUUCAAAAUUAGUUUGCAAAUUCAAAUGCUGCCAUAGUAAGUACCGCAUUCAGUGUUUAAAUAGCACCUUUUAUAAUGAGAGCAGUCUCAGAGCAUAUCAGUUAUUAAUGUUAAACAUCAAUAUGAAUCAUAUGGUAGACAUUCAUGUAGGCAGAACUCUAACAUGGGCAUUAGGAUGCAUGACAAAUAAGAGUGUCACAGUUCAAAAUGGUCACUGUCAGCUUUACAGUGCUAUAUGGACGUGUCACAGCCUUGUUCUAGAUUUAAAAGCCCUUUGCUUAAAGUCAUGGGGUGAGAGUUUUUGUGAGUGAAUUACUUGGAGAUGCAUUUCAGUUUCAAGUCCUGACACCACAGCAUCUGAGACUGAAAUUAAACAAGUAGCACACAGAUCUGCAUCUGUUCUUUUUAUAUGGGCAGCAUUUUGGGAACAAGUAAAGAGUAGUCCUGCCAGGGGUCCCAAUAAUGAACAUAGUAGUAUGUCGAUGACAUUAACGUUCGUUUUUACAUUCCUCAUCAUAUUUUAUGUCCAUUCUUUUCUAAAAUGCUUUCUUCUUUGCCUUAUAAAGGGUGGACUUAGAGGAACAUAAAUGAUGGCCAAAAUGAAAACAUGCCAUUCAGCCCAAACCAGGAGGCUUGUCACUGUCUCUUUACCUGCUGAUUCUGAUAUAAGCUCAAACUCCCUAAUGUGUAGCAUAUGUGCCAUGUAGUUUGAGAUUUAUAUCUACACAAAAAGUGCAAUAUAAAGGGCAUUACCCUAACUGUUAGUUCUUUCUGAAAGUGUACUACUGGGAAAUUCACCAAAUUGGUCCUAUAAGGUAAGAUACUAUAAAAAUAUGAGCAAUUGAAGAUCACCAUCAAAGGUAAAAUCUAAUAUAAAGUGCAAUAGGUUGAUAACUCUUUAGAAGUGAGAUAAAAUAAAGAGUAGCCAAUGGAUGGUUCUUUUUAAGAGUGUUCGCCACAAAUGGGGCUCUAUAAAAUUUAUUGGUGCUGAAUGACAACAUGGUCAGUAUUUAAAAAUAAUUUCAGAUAGGUCUUUGCAAUAUAACCAGUAAAGUUCUACAUAAAAUCAAAUUAAUUUAAUAUAUAAUUAUUUGAUACUCACCAUAUAAAAUGAAAUCUGAAUGCAAUUUAUUGACAUGUUGUUCAUAAUAGAACUUUCUAUAGAAAUAAUAUAAUAAUAACCAAUAAAUAAUAUAUUAGAAGUAAUUAAAAACCUGACAGAUUGGCGGAACACGAUUGGCGGAACACAAUGCUGUCUUACAGUUCUGGAAACUUGGGUUGAAUUCUCAGCACAGUCAUUGUCUGUGUGAAAUUUGCAUGUUUCCCCCAUUUUUGUGCAGAUUAUUCCCAUUUACUUUUCCACAACUCAAUAAUACAAAUAGCUGAGGGUUCUAAACUGGCCUGUUGUGUGUGUGUGUACUUGUCUGAGGUCAGCCAGGCAAAGUUGGAAACUAACUUGUGCAACUGUGUAACGGGAACAUCAUAUAUAGGAAAUGGAUGUACCUCUGAUGCCUCUUUGGAGGCUGCAUUUAUAAAGCAGCAGCUGUCGUCAGUCUUCUUCCGUUUGCGGUUUUAAUUUCUUUCAUGUAACUUAUUUACCAAGUAGAACUGUACAUACAUGGACAGGAUAGAUAUAAAUGUGUGGGAUGAGAGUAAAAACAGAAAUAAGGAAUCUGCCUAAGCCUGAUAGUCCAUUGACCCAUCCAGACAGACAUUUCCCAGUUGUUUUGUUCUUCUGUUGUGCUCAUUUAGGCUUCAGAGCAGCAGAGUAAACCACAAUGAUGGCAAUAAAAAGCCAAAAGCACUCCAGAAAAUUAGAGGAGUCUCUGUUCAGUUCAUCUUUGCGUCGGGUUUGUGUUUGAACAGUCAGCACAAGCUAUAGACUAUGCAAGUCUGAGAUGACAUUCAGUCUUCUAGUAUUUAACAUUUUCUUAAGUCUAUUUUUCAGUUUUUCAUUCAUAUGUCACUUCAUAUAUUAAACGCAAAUUUUAAAGCACUUAGCUACAGUCAGUAAUACACAAAAUCACCAACAAUAUUUUUUUUGUUAUGUCUCCCAUGGUAUUGUGGCAAAACCCAUAAACCCCUAAACAACCUCGGUUUAAGAUGGUGCCUUUUAAAGAAAACUAAUUAGAAAGAGCAGCAUUACAAUCAGGCACGGCGAUGGGCUGACACUGUGUCCAGGAUGUUAUUCAGUCGUGUACUACUGCUGCCUGGAUAGACCAUGGACCUGGUAACCCUGAUUUGGACACAAUGGGGGGGAUUCAUGAAUACAAAUAUACAAAUUUGUAUACAGUACCUUUCAUAAUGUACAUGGUUACAAAGCCUUUUGCCAAGUAGUUCAGUAUAUUUCAGUUAAUUUUUCUAUAGUAUCCUUCACAGCAAUGUGUUCUGAAAUAUUACAGUUAAUCUUAUAGUCAUAUUGAUUCUAUUAUAUAUAUAUGUAUAUCCAAUACAAUAAACUGUAGACUGUUGGCUUAGCAUUCAAAUCUAAAUGCAGAAGCAUCAGUGAGCAUCAAUGGGCUUCUCAUCUGCAAAGUUUAUUCAGCAUUCACAAUGGAGAGCCAUGACACCACAGUAAAAGUCUGAAAUCAUUUCUUCAUUUGCCAGUGCAAAUUCUUCUAGAUGUUCCAUCCCAUUGGCAUCCAAUGAGGCAGAGUUUUACUUUUUUGUGGUAUCUGCCUCAUGUCUGUAAAUUUUUGCUUUUCAGAUUUAUUUGAUAAUAAUAAUUAGGUUUCACUUCCUUGCCUACUGAACACUUCUCCAUUAGUUACAUUUGUUUUCCUUGUACACUUAGCUGCUGCUUCUCUUUCUAAUUUUGCAUUUCUUUGUUCAGGCGUAUUUUGUCAAGCUUGACAAACUGUCCCUGCAGUGCUUUAUCACACAUCCUUAUUCACAUUUGACAUCACUGAUUACUUAAAUAUGUCUGGCGAUUUGGUGGGAGUGCUAAUUUGAAAGAUCUUUUCCUUGAAUUUCAGCAAAACCAGUUCUACUUGGAACCAAGCUUCCUUUAACCACAGCAGAGGAAGGACAGAAAUCACCCUAACUAUAUAGAUUUCUUAAAUUUAAAUGUUCCUUUAUUAAGUUUUUGUGAGUUUGUCUGUUGCCGCAAAUAUACAGCAUUUGUUAUAGGAUUCUCAACAGUAGUACUAAUGUUUAUGAUGUGUCAUCUUUUGGAAUGAAAACUUCAGUGCAUUUUAUUAUUGUAUGCAUUACAUAAUACAUUCUAAAAGAUGUCACAUCGCACAAAUGAAUGUUAAAUAUGUCCAAAAAAGUGUAAAUGCCAGACAGACUGAAAUUUGUUUUUAUUUCAAAGUGAGCAGGUACCAAGGAAUGUACUUAUUAGUUAGCAAUUAUACAAAUGAUAAAGGAAGCUUCUUUUCAAAUAAAGCCUUUCGUGGUGUGCAUUUUUCAAUAUCAGAUGCAAUUUGCAAAGCCUUUGUUAGAUAGUAGUGUCUAAAAGCAAUUUACCAAGCAACUGUUUUUAAAUAACCUCAGUUUUACAUAGUGCUUUUCAUAAUAAGUAGUGAUUGUGGUGAUUUCUGAUAUUAAAUAUAGCUCCUUUUAUAGCAGACACCAGCAUAAGGCAAAUAACAUUAUAGGAAUCAAUGUUUUUUAUAUAACAGCUUUUAUAGUGAGCAGUGUUUACAAAACAAAUAGCAGUAACAGAGUCAACCUUAUUUGUGUAUUACUUUUCAUAUUAACACUGUCACAAUACAGAAUUCAUUUUGUUUUUAUAGCCCCUUUCAAAGUGGGCAUUGUCACAGAUAGAUUGACAAAGUAAGGAGUUUUACAGUUGACUUUAUAUAUACUGUAGUAUUGUUCAAUGACAGCAGUGUUAAAAAAACAGUUUCAGAGCAAUUCACACUUCUGUUCAAUGGCUUGAUGAUUAGGGAGAGAAGGUUCUGCACUGGAGGCUUUACUGCCUGUGGAUCUGAGGUCCUUCAAGAAGCCCAUUUGUCUCUUUGAACAGAAAGACUGAAGGUUGCCGUUCAUUAUUCAAUUUGAGCAUGACCUUCUGGAGCCGUAGUAAAAGGUUAAUGCAUAGAGCAGAAUUUUCUUCCCAAAGUCUUCUGUCGCAUUUGCUGUAAAACCAACUGAACUGAGAAGCCAAUUCAAGUAGACUGAAGUCAAGCUGGGUAUCCACAGGUAUAAAGUGGUUCAGUCUUACCAGGGCAGGGCAAAUUGUACAAGAAACUGUGUGUUUAUAAUUCCAAAGAACAUUUGUUUGUAUUGCCAUUUCGGUAAAAUAAAUAAAUAAUUUUUAAAAAAAGAAAGAGAA